AUGUCCUUCAACAUGGCUCAGAAACGGAGUCAAGUCAUAUACGCGCCUUCGAAUGAAGCACCUCGCUCCGUGACGUCCAUCUUUCUUGCUGGAACCACUACUAAGAUAGCCGACACGCAAGACUGGCGCGAGGCUCUAUCCACCUCUCUCUCUGAUUUGAGCGUGACGAUAUACAAUCCGUUCCGCCCAGAUUGGGAUGGUUCGUGGCGCGAAGACAUCGAUUUUGCUCCGUACCGCGAGCAAGUAGAGUGGGAACUCGACAGGCAGGAGAAAGCUGACAUCGUCGUCAUUUACUUCCAUCCGGCUACCCAUGCGCCCGUCAGCUUGCUCGAGUUUGGGCUCUGCGCGAAGGUUCCAGGAAAGGCGAUCGCUAUAUGUCCCGACGGGUACUGGAAGAGGGGGAAUAUGCAGAUUGUGUGCAAGAAAUAUGGAGUCGAGUUGCUGGACAACAUUGAUGGGGUCAGAGCGGCGGUCGCAAAGAGGAUGUCUUCGAUGGCAGAGGAUCGCAUCUUCUUGUGA